AUGACCAAGAGCGCAGAGAUAGCUCCCAUACAGGCUGAGCCGGAGAAGCUGCCCUACUGGCUGAUGAAUAUACCCCGAGAUCGAUGGCCAGCUGAAUGUCCCGACUAUCUUUGCAACCUACCGGCAAAGAAUGUUAGUAUCCUGUCGACCCCGGAUAGCGAAUAUGUCCGACAGGACUGGAGUCUAGUACAGCAGAUAAUAGCCUCCAACCGGAUCGAUCUGUUUCGACGUGUACCGUCUGAUCUAAGGCGAUAUCUUGAAUAUACGUCUUACGUGAAGUCCAAAUAUGGCUCGGUCAUGAAUUUUGUAGUACGUGAGAGACUCGGCUGGGAGAAUAAUAUGGCACCCAGAGGCUUACGACCAUUUGAGAACCCUGGGUAUAUAAAAUACCACCUGGCUGGGAGUGAUCACAAGAUUCUAUACAAUGACUGGCCCUACGGGGUAGAAGAAGGAAUCAUCCACCUAGUAGUGUGGACGAAGUUUACUUUUGAGGAUGAUCCGGCAACAGACGAUCUCACGCCUCGCGCGCGAAAGGAAAUUGAUGACUUUGUGGAUUUGACCUUUCGAAGCAGGGUUCCUGCAGAGAAGGUCAUUUGGUUCCGCAACUGGAAAUCUCUAAAGUCUGUCCAUGCUGUUGAGCAUUUCCAUGUUAUGCUGUACCAGCCUGAUAUGGAAUUUGUCCAUGAAGUCACAGAUGGGGAUGUCCCGCUAAUUGACAAGGGCCUGGACGAGUGA